AUGCUAGGAGUAUCACGUUUAACGCAAGUGAGGGACGGGAUUCGAAGUUCUCUCCUACGUCAGCGAUCGAAGAUUAGAGACACCGCAGCGUUUGCCAAGGAAAGUAAAAUAAGGUGGGCCGGACACGUGAUGCGCUUUAACGACAACCGUUGGACCAGAGCCGUGAGCGACUGGGUUUUGGAUAUUAAGCGGACUGGGAUAUUAAGCGCACUACAGGAAGACCGCCGACCCGAUGGUCAGAUUUCUUCACGAAGUCCUUCAAAGAAAACUGUGAUGCUCUUCGUGUCCCACGCGAAAGGAGGAACCACUGGGCUACUCUGGCACGCGAUCGAGACAAAUGGAAGAAUUACUGGCGCCCGCUCGACCAGUUCGAAGAUAAACGGGAGUCAAGGUGAUCAAGGUGAAUGUAAGAACAAAUGGAACAACGAGAAGAAAACUGAACAGAGAAAGAGUAAAACAUGUCAACUAUGCAGUUACUUGAUGUAA